ACAGUGUUUAAAAUAUUAUUGUUUGGCAUAUAAUUUCUUAUUUUUGGUUUCAGGUUUUUUAUUACUUAGUUUUACAAGCGUAUUAUUUUAUCGAUUAAUUUUGUAUAAUGCAUUUAUAUUACAAGAUGUUUUUAAUCCACUUUAUUCGCUGUUUGGUGUUUCAUUCCUAAUAUUUAUGUGUUUAUGGUUAGGAUGGAAAGGUGUUACAAGAGAACACCAACCGCAUGUUUUAAUGUUUUCAGCGACAUUGGUUAUUAUAAUUGGUUUGGAAAUUGGAAUGGGAUUUUGGAAUUUAGUUGAAUAUCAUACGUAUGAAGAUGAUACAACUAGUUUAAUGAGAGAAUCUUAUCAAAGAUUUGUUUCAAAUCAGAGUGAUUUUAAUAUUUGGAAUCGAGUACAAACAAAGUUGCGCUGUUGUGGAUUAGAAGGGCCUGCUGGUUAUCAUGAUAGCAUACCUGCAUCCUGUUGUGUUCUUGAUCUAGGUCCAGAAGGAGAACAUCAUAGUUCAUGUCCAGGAAUAUAUCAACGAGGCUGUUUAACUCCUUUGCUGGAUUAUAUUGGACGCCAGAUAAUAAAUACUUUAGCUCUCUGUUUUUUCAUGGCUCUUAUCCAAGUAUGUGGUGUUUUUAGUACAUUCGCCUAUUCAAAGGCACUUUUAAGAGAACGCUUAGAAGCAAGAAGAUCAAUAAAUUCAACGGUGACUGUUGAAGAUAAUUUAUUAAACAGAAGACAUUCCAAUAUAGCAGGAUAACGAUUGAUUUUUAUAAUAUUGAAACGAAUUUAUUAUUCGAUAAUAAUGCUAAGUGUUUCACGUUUAAAUUUCAUGGAAAAAAUAAAAAUAAGUCUGAAUUUUUCGUCCUCGAACCGUUUUUCGAAAAAAAAAUGAUUCGAGCUUAAUUUGGGAUAUGAUAAAAAGUAUACAUUUGGGAGAGUCUGGCCAUACUUUAAAACGAACCAAUUUAUUUGUAAUUUUUAUUUCUGGAUUGUACAAGGUGUUCUAGAUUUGUCUGCACAACUCUUCACUUCCUAAAUUACUUAUAAAGAACGAAAAAGCUCUUUACCGAAUUUCAAACUGAGGCCUCCUAUCGAUCAAUUAUAAAACACUUUGUAUAAAAGUUAAAAUAAGAUAUUAAACAAUUCUAAAUUGCCUAAGAGAUACUUUUUUUGCAAAUAUCAUAUUCUGGGCAGUAGCUAUAUAACCGCAAACGCUAGCAUAUUAAUAAAAUACUAUUUUCUUUAUUAUUUCAAGUAGCCUAAAUAAAUAUCUUUUCUAAAUUCGUCAUCAGCUCUUUGAUUAUUAAACAAAUUUUGUAAGCUCAAUUUACCAUUUCCCUAUUGUGAUGCAAUGUACAAUUAUUACCAAAGAAAUGCCAUGAUAAAAAUUAAUUUUUAACAAAAAUAGAAUUAAAAUAAAAAAGACACAUUUAAUAGCAUUUAAAUUAUUUAACUCGUUAGCCAAACAUGAACACUCUUGCAGAAAUAGAUGUGCAACAUUUGUAGCUGUAAGAAACAUUGGGAAACAAAAAUUAAUUCUGAUUAUUAUCGUUUAAAUUUUAAAAAAGGCUUUAAAAUAAGUUAUAACUACAAGUAGUACUUACCAGAUCAAACUAAAAAAGGAAUGAUAGUUUUAUCCUAGAACAGCAGUUUGUUUUCAAAUGGCUCUUCGACUACCAAUUGUGACUUGUGAUAUAAUAAUAAUUGUAGAGUA